AUGUGUAAACUUGUGUUUCUACCUCCAUACUCACCUGACUAUAAUCUCAUCGAGCAGGCAUUUUCUUCUAUCUUAUGCUGUCACUUUCUUGAUAUAUCCUUGACAGCUAUCAGACAAGCAUGCCAGCACAUUACACCUGACAAAGUGGAGGGGUAUUUUCAUGCUUCUGGUUACAUUGCCUAG